AUGGUGAUGGAUCCGCGAGGUGGAGAAGUCAUUGCUGUACAAUGGACUCUUCUUUUAGUUGCCUUUGGAGUCAUCAUAGCUCGACUUUACUUGCGGCUAAUACUACAGAGACGACGGCUUCUUGCAAGCGACUAUUUUAUGUGCGCCGGAUGGUGCACAGCUGCCGCAUCAGCAUGCUUCGACAUUGUGUUCUACCAGGAUGGCGCGAUGCGUCAGGGUGUCACGCUGGGCUUGGUCGGAUUUGAGGGAACAGCUGAAGAAGCAUCGGAGUUUUAUAAGCUCUACCACUUUUCUGAUUAUCCCUUUCAUACAACAUUCUACCUAUCAAAAGCAGCUCUACUGUCUGUAUAUCUCCAAGUAUUUCCCGACUUCAUGGUAAAACGGCGUCGAUUCCUGUGGGCCGUCAUUACAUAUGUCGCUGCGUCUUACACCACAACGAUAUUGUUCCUCACAGUUUCGUGUUUGCCUACAUGGAGGCACUGGGCCUUAUCAGAUGAGGGUUGCUCAAUUGAGAGCAUCAGGAUGACAUUUGAAAUUGCAUGGAGUUUGAAUAUUAUGGGAGACAUCCUAAUAUUUAUAUUGCCAUGGCUAGUUGUUCCCGAGCUCACACUGAGACCGAGGCUCAGAUACAGUCUUUAUGUCACCUUUGGGCUCGGUAUCAUCAACAUCUCAUUUUCUAUCGUCCGCUUCGCUUUGAUUGAGAAAUACGGUGCUGAUUUGAUCAUCACAAUCACUUUAGUGGAGCUAUGGAGUUUCAUGGAUUCCUGUAUCGGCUUGAUAAUUGCAUGUCUCCCGUCUUUACGACCCUAUUUCAAAUGGAAGGAAAAGAUCAAAUAUUACGGAGAAGACAGGAAGCAAAGCAAAACAGACUCACAUAAACCAAUAAUCUCAUCCGAUCCGGAUAUGGUGAAAGAGCCGGCAAAUGCACAUACGAGUAUACAAGUGCAACGUACGUUUUCGGUUGCAUGA